ACUGCCCAAAAAUGGGAAGCGUUAGCAAAGAAGGUACGAUGAAACAAUGGUGGAAUUCGUGAUUGAAAAUGAAGAAUGUUUAAACAAUCGCCUGAGAAAAGAUGCCGAACUUGAUGUUGUUACCGAAACACAUAAUCCUCGUCCGACAUGGUGAGUCCGAAGGCAACAAAGACCCCUCGGCCUACACGACUACCCCCGAUCACAAGAUCUCCUUAACCGAACAUGGCCGAGCCCAAGCCCGACUCGCCGGUUCCCGGCUCCGGGACCUCAUUUCGGACAAUGGGUCUUCCCAUGAUUGGCGGGUUUACUUCUACGUAUCUCCUUACGAGCGCACCCGAUCCACGCUACGGGAGAUUGGGAAAUCGUUCUCGAAGAAAAGGGUGAUUGGGGUGAGGGAAGAGUGUAGGAUUAGGGAACAAGAUUUCGGGAAUUUUCAGGUGGAGGAAAGGAUGAGGAUUACAAAACAAACAAGGGAAAAAUUUGGGAGGUUUUUUUAUAGGUUCCUUGAAGGUGAAUCUGCUGCAGAUGUUUUUGAUCGAGUUUCCAGUUUUCUUGAAUCUCUUUGGAGAGAUAUAGACUUGAAUAGGCUUGGAAAUGAUCCUUCUCAAGAAUUGAAUCUGAUAAUAAUCUCACACGGUUUAGCCUCUCGGGUGUUUUUAAUGAAGUGGUUCAGAUGGACGGUUGAGCAAUUCGAGCAGCUAUAUAAUCCAGGCAAUUGCGAGAUUCGAGUUAUGGAGUUGGGACCUGGUGGAGAGUAUAGCUUGGCGAUCCAUCAUACUGAUGAAGAGUUGAGAGGAUGGGGACUCUCUGACGAAAUGAUAGAAGACCAGAAAUGGCGAAUUAAGGCUGACAGAACCAAUUUGCAUGGUCAUUGUAAAGGGUAUCUUAAUUCGUUUUUUGACCAAGAAUUAGACUCAGAUGAAGAUAUCAAAGAAGGAGAUAUUGUUUCAGAUAAUGAAUUCGAAGAUGUCAAAGAAGAUAUUGAUUCAGAUAAUGAUUACAAAGACAUUUGUGUACCAAAUUCUUAAAGAGUUCAAAAGCUGUCAUAAACUACCUGUUGGAAAGCCUGAUUAUUUGUAAAUAGCUAAUUUGUUAGUCUUUUUUUUUUUAUUUUAGAAUUCCACCAUUAUUUUUUGUUUGAGAUAAAGAAGAUGCCAAAUUGAAGUUUCAACAUCAGCUAGCACUGGGAACCGAGUUAUCUCCAUAACCAGCUGCUUACAAAGAACAAACCAGAAGACCCAAUUGCAGGCAUGACUGCUUCCUAUCCUUUGAUGGUGCAGAAGCUAUGUUAUUCGAUCUCAGGUGUUGUCUGAUACGAGUAUAUGCCUGACACGGAUAUGUUCAUUUUUUUCAAAUUUUCCAUGUAUUUCAAAGGUCGUUGGAAGUUCAUAUCACUAUAUCCAAAUCCGGGUAUGCAUCGGAUACAGAUAAUUGAAGAAAAAUGAAGAGUAAGAAUAACAGAGUGCAGAUAAUUGAGCUUGAUAUAGCUGAUGCAGUACCGGGAGAAGGUAACCGAUCUGUAGCAUGAUGAGAACUAUGGGCGCAUGUUACACUUUUCAUUACAUAUGAUUGUUUUAGAAUCUGUUCUUUGUAUGGAAUGAAGGGAAUUUUAAUUCAUUCCAUUGAUUCUUUUGCCUGUAAGAAGUGAAAAUUAUUUUGAGAGAAAUACUUCUAUUUUCUUAUGAG